CCUAAUAAGCAACUCAGGGACCUCCGGUCACUUAGGCUAAUGUUUGCUUCUAAAUUGGAUUUAUCCCAAUUUUUGUUGGGCUUAUAGCUUCAAAAAUUAGAGGGGGAGAUAGGAUAAGAUUGAGGCAUAGUAGGGACCCAGAGGAUUGCCGCAAUGAAAAUCAUUUUUUUUUAUGCACAAAAAAAUACUGCCUAGUUUGAUCAAAUAUUUUUUUGUGCUUUACAUACCCAAUGAGGACAUUAUAAACUAGUAAAUUUCGUUCAUAUAUAUGAUACAGAUCUCUUUCUACUCUUUUGCCUGGCAUUAGUAGGCGAGCAAUAAAGAUAUGGCGAUUAAAGCGGGAAAAUUUCUGCCCGCAAACGCCCUAGGUGAAGAAUAAACGAAAAGAGUGGAGGUUGUUGAUCUCCUGUUCUAGAGUCUGGUUGUUUAUUUUGAUACCUAAAUACAAAAGCCUGACAGCUGUGGGGUUAGUGUCUUUGAAAACCUGAAGUCAAGCGAUUUGGGUUGUUUGGGUUGGUCAUGAGUCACGGAGAACGCAAUUAAAUACAAUUGCCGGAGGUUCGCAUUCCCCGGCAGCCACGAAAACCAGGUGGAGUCGUGUUAUUGCCAGAAGGGCAAGAGAGGCGGGAAGAGAAGGGAAAAAGAAGCUGAGCAAUCCUGGUAUCCAAGUCAGAGCGACUGCAGAGUAAGCAAGCGCAGAACCACACUCCACUGCCCCGAGCCCCAGGAAGAAAGCACACCAUCCCCUAAAACUCCAAUACUGUUGGGAGGAGGAAAGUCUCAAGGCGAAAAGGAAGACCUUGACUGGAAAACGAGGAGAAACGCAGCCUUGGGAAGACUACACUGAAAGAAGACUGCGGUCUGAGGGAGGUAAAAAGCACCACAAAGGAGACCAUGUGCUUGCGUUUGUAGCACCUGAGAAUCAAAACAAACCUGCGUGGCUCCGCCCAGUGCCCGUCACGUGACUUUCACGCGAUUGCAGCUCCCGGAAGAGCCCGGUAGCAACCCCGGCAACUGCUUCCUGUGCUGCGGCUUCAGAGCCCUGAUUUUGGCCUUUCUGGGACCCCGGUCCGCCUUCAGUUCACUUUUGGGUUCGGGAGGAGCCCGGUAAUGCUGGCCAUGGCAGCAGGUUCCGGAGCGAUCACUGAUGCGAGCCCUGUAUCUGGAGCUGGAGAGGAGGAAGGUGGGUGCUAGACAGAAGUCAGACCAUGAGUACGACUCUGUGCCAAGUGACUCUUGGCACUUCUCCUGUGGCCCUGCGGUAAACAUGUCAAACCUUUUACACCAGAGAAAGCAAAAGAACUUAUAAUGUCUUUACAACAGCCUGCAGUCUUCUGUAACAUGGUUUUUGAUUGGCCAGCACAGCACUGGACUGCGAAACAUCUCUCAGAGGUCCUGCAAGGCAAGCAGAUUCGAUUCAGGAUGGGAAUGAAAAGCACAGGUACAGCACCUCAGUUUGAAACCACGUGUAGUUACGUAGAAGCGACACUUGAAGAGUUUCUGACCUGGAACUGUGACCAGUCUACUACCUCUGAACCAUUUAGAGACUAUGAUCAUUCCAAAUUCUGGGCUUAUGCUGACUAUAAAUAUUUUGUCAGUCUGUUUGAAGACAAGACAGAUAUUUUCCAGGAUGUGAAAUGGUCUGACUUCGGGUUUCCUGGAAGAAAUGGACAGCAAAGUACAUUGUGGAUCGGCUCCAUGGGGGCCCAUACACCCUGUCAUCUGGACACCUAUGGUUGCAACCUAGUAUUCCAGGUACAAGGAAGGAAAAGAUGGCAUCUCUUUCCUCCUGAAGAUACUCCUUUUCUUUAUCCGACUAGAAUCCCUUAUGAAGAAUCUAGUGUGUUCAGCAAAAUUAAUGUUGUCAAUCCUGAUUUAAAACGUUUCCCUCAGUUCCAGAAAGCUCGAAGGCAUAUGGUUACACUGAGCCCAGGACAGGUUCUGUUUGUUCCUAGACACUGGUGGCAUUAUGUGGAAUCCAUUGAUCCUGUCACUGUCAGUAUAAACUCAUGGAUUGAACUGGAAGAGGACCACCAAGCCCGGGUGGAGGAGGCCGUUACCCGCAUGCUUGUGUGUGCCCUGAAGACUGCAGAGAAUCCACAUAAUACCAGAGCUUGGUUAAACCCAACUGAGGUUGAGGCAACAUCCCAUGAAGUCAACUGUCGCUACUUGAAUGGAGCCGUUUCUGCUUUUUUGGAUCAUUACCAAACAUCAAAGGUAGCAGGAACCCAAGGCCUGAGAACAAAUAGAGAGAACACAAUAAAGGAAGCAUCAAAUGUGCACAACCACCUGCAGGCACAACAAACUGGUAGCCACAACUUAACCUCAGGAACAGUGAGACAGGAGACAGCAAGUCCCUUCGGCCCUGAUCUGGUUCCUGUGACACCAAGUUCCCAAGAACCAACCUCAGAAAGAGGAGGCAUAUUUGAAAGCGAUGGUGAAGACUCUGCUGGCAAAAAUGGAGAACAUUCUGGAAAACUGCAUUAUACCAAAAGGCAGCGCAUGAUGAAUGAAUGUGAGGAUGCAGUUGUGGAACCAAUCACUGCAGGUUGUACUGUGGCCCCUUCCCAAACACUCAUUUCUACAGAUGACUUGCUGGACUGCUUGGUGAAUCCACAAGUAACCAGGAUAGUGGCACAACUUCUGAUUCAAGGAAGAAGCUUGUGACUCUACUAGAAAAUGACUUUUUAAAUAAUAUUUUAAGAGCUUUUUAAAUAAUAGGAUUUUAAAACAAAAGAUAGAACAGGAAAAGGUCAAUUUGCACAUGCAUAUACAUGUACUGUUCUUACCUAGUCACAUUUUAGUCUGUGGGCACCUUCUUGCAUACACAUCACUCUUUGGCCAACUUGGCUCUUUGUUUUCUUUGUAUACCUCUUUCUUCAGUGCCUUUGCCUUUCCUCUCCCAUCUCAUCCCUUCAGCCUAUCUCAAAUGCAAACCCCUAGUUUCUCAACAGGAAAUAGUUUCUCCAUCAGCCUCCAGCAGGGGUCAGCUUGCCGCUUAUUUUUGUAAAUAAAGUUUUAUUGGAACACAGCCAUGCCAUUCAUUUACAGAUCGUCUGUGGUGACCUUAGGGUUACUGUGGCAGAAUUAAGUAUCCACAGAGACUAUAUGGCUUGUAAAUCUGAAGCAACUCACUAUGUCUCCUUAUAGUAAAAGUUUGCUAACUCUCGA